GGCAUCGUUUAAUGUCUGCCUGGUCGCUGCUCAUCUCAUUAACAUUAGAUCCGGAGGAUCAAAUCGAAGAGCAGCAAACAACAAACAUGGAGGCUCUGCUUUGUAAGAAACUGGGCGACCCAGCAGCGUUGACAUCCCUGGACGAGCGAAAUUUGGAUUCCCCAAUAGAGUUGAGCAAAAACCAUCCCAUCCCAGAACUUAACUCUCCAACUGCAGUUAGAAUCAGGGUGAAAGCUACCAGCUUGAACUACGCCAAUUACCUGCAGAUACUGGGCAAGUACCAGGAGAAGCCUCCCCUUCCCUUCAUACCAGGGUCCGAUUAUUCUGGCACCGUAGAUGCGAUUGGCUCCAGUGUAUCCAAAUUCAAGGUUGGAGACCCUGUUUGCUCCUUUGUGGCACUUGGAUCCUUCGCCCAAUUUAUCGUCCAAGACGAGUCCCAGCUAUACCCUGUGCCGGCUGGGUGUGAUCUGGUGGCCGCUGCUGCGCUCCCCGUGGCAUUUGGGACCUCCCAUGUGGCUCUUGUUCACAGGGCAAAAUUAACCUCUUCUCAGGUAUUGCUUGUGCUUGGAGCUGCAGGUGGGGUUGGCCUUGCUGCUGUUCAAAUCGGGAAGGUUUUUGGAGCCACGGUUAUUGCCGUUGUCAGGGGACCUGAAAAGGUACAACUUCUGAAAUCACUGGGUGUUGAUCAUGUGGUUGACUUGAGAAACGAGAAUGUAACUGAAAGUGUCAAGGGAUUUCUCAAAGCAAGGAGAUUGAAAGGAGUUGAUAUUCUGUAUGACCCUGUUGGCGGCAAGCUUACUAAAGAGACUAUGAAACUCUUGAACUGGGGUGCUCAAAUUCUAGUCAUUGGGUUUGCUAGUGGAGAUAUCCCUGUUAUUCCUGCUAAUAUUGCUCUGGUUAAGAACUGGACUGUGCAUGGACUUUACUGGGGUAGCUACAAUAUACAUUCCCCUGCUGUACUUAGGGAGUCUUUGAGGGAGUUACUUUUCUGGAUGUCAAGGGGCUUGAUCAAGGUCUUUGUUUCUCAUAUUUACAGCUUAGCAGAGUCCAAUCUUGCAUUUGUUACUAUUAAAGAGAGGAAAGCAGUUGGAAAGGUCGUCAUUGCAUUCACCGAUCAGGGAAGUGGAAGAUCUAAGCUUUAAGUAGAUGGGGAUUCAGCUUGGGAAACAAAGGUGAAUAUUUAAUGAUUAGCAAACAAGCUAGGUAACAAAUUAUGGACAAGAACAAAAUGUCAAAUAAAACUUUUAAAAGGUUUCCCUUACAAUACAUGUUAUGAAUGUAAGAACAAGAUCCUUUUAUAUCUGUUAUUCUGCUUGUGAUUGUGCUUGUAUGCACUCAAAAUGCAAUUGAAUUGGAUGGUGGCACUGCUUUGUUCAUUUGACGUGCUGUAGAAUGCAACUAUUAAACCUUAACUGUUGCAAUAUCUGUAGGGAGGUGAAUGUUCAAUUAUUUGACUUCUCAGAUUACUCCU